AUGGCAGGCAAAGUGCUCAAGAUCGCAGUCAUACCCGGAGAUGGCAUUGGCGUAGAGGUCAUGCCAUGGGGACUUAGAUCACUGGAAGCAGCAGCCAGAGUCUACAACCUCUCCCUCGAAUUCACACAUUUCGAUUUCGCAUCCUGCGACUACUACCAGAAACAUGGCGAUAUGAUGCCUCCCGACUGGCAGGAGACACUUUCCAAAUUCGAUGCUAUCUAUUUCGGUGCCGUGGGCAUGCCUUCGCUAGUACCUGACCACGUCUCGUUAUGGGGCUCACUCCUGAAAUUCCGACGGUCUUUCGACCAAUACAUCAAUCUCCGCCCAUGCCGUCUCAUGCCUGGCGUCAAAUGCCCUCUCGCUAACAAGCAGCCUGGCGACAUCGAUUUCUGGGUCGUCCGCGAGAAUACUGAGGGAGAGUACUCGUCCAUUGGCGGGCGCAUCUUCGAAGGCACCGAUCGCGAGACCGUAAUCCAAGAGACGGUCAUGACCCGCACUGGGAUCGACCGCGUCCUGAAAUAUGCAUUCGACCUCGCCCAGCGCCGGCCCAAGAAGCAUCUCACCUCUGCCACAAAGUCCAAUGGCAUCUCCAUCACCAUGCCCUACUGGGACGAGCGGGUCGCUGCCAUGGCUCCUUCAUAUUCCGACGUCAACGUCGACAAGUUCCACAUCGACAUCCUGACCGCCCUCUUCGUGCUGAAGCCCGAGAAAUUCGACGUCAUCGUUGGCAGCAACCUCUUCGGCGAUAUCCUCUCCGAUCUAGGCCCUGCAUGCACGGGCACAAUCGGCAUCGCGCCAUCAGGAAACAUCAAUCCUUCGGGCGAGCACCCGAGCUUGUUCGAGCCCGUACACGGCUCAGCGCCGGAUAUUGCUGGUCAGGGCAUUGCUAAUCCGGUGGGGAUGAUCUGGGCUGGGCAGAUGAUGCUGGAGCAUUUCGGUUUUAUAGAUGCGGCGAAGGGGAUGCUGACGGCGAUUGAGCGAGUGUUAGCUAAGGGGGAUGAGCAGGUGCUCACGGCGGAUAUGGGCGGGAAAGGCACGACGGAGGGGUUUGGGAGGCGAUUGAGGAAGAGAUCAUCAAGGCCGGGGAGAAGAAGUGAUCAAAAGGUUCGGCGAGAAGAGAGAAUGGGACUAUACAGACCGACGGCAUAA